AUGCCAUUCGACGUGCUCUUAAAAUCUGUAAACGAAGCCUCAGCAACGGCGGGAAAUUCGGGUGUUUCGCUGGAAACUCGCUCCUAUUUCGCAUCUGAACUGGCAGCAGCCGAUUUGAGGAUCACCAGGAGACCGCCGAUUAAAGAUGUGAGGGCGAAGACGACGAUGGCCGACGAGACUCGCGAGGAGAGGAACCAGCUGGCAAGGCAGGACGCCUCCGUCUCCACCUACAGUCGCCGCAGUCCCCUAGGAAGCGGACGACAGGUAUCGCUGCUAGAAGCCUUUGCCCAUUGUAUCGGUCUCGGGCGAAGUUGCCCUGAUGGCGUCAGACGGAUACUCGCAUCCCAGUUGAGCGUGGGGAAUGCCCUCGCCGACUUGCGAGCCAUCGCUCAGUCGACGGCACUCGCUGGUCAUUGCGGAACACUUCCUUGUUUCGUUGUUCAACACCCAGAUUGCCAGCGGCCUGCGCUGCCGGCUGGCCAGGCUGAGACACCGGCGCCUCGCCCUGUCGCUCCCUCUCGUCCGCCCCCUCCGCCACCCACUUUCGACAAUUAUAUCAGUGUUUCGAUCCAUUUAACCAGUCUGGAACCGCAGCCGUUGAAAAGUUGUAUAGCGAAUCCUCCUAAAAGGAUGAGGAACAUUCAUAAUCUAAUGAUUAGGACCAACGAUCUGUGGCUGGACCUUGACGACGACAUCUGCUCGUCCGACUCGUCGCCAUCGGUCUCUCCAACUCUCCGUGCGCCUGCGAUCGCUCUCCCUCCGCCGCCUCCGAAAAGUGCACCUCCAUUCGCUCAGGCUGCUCAGGCACUAUUUUCUCGUAACCUUUUGAAAGAUCUGUGGCAGCGCCACCUACUAUGA